AAACACCCAUUUGUCUAUGACCACGAUGUCUCUUUGAAACAAAUGCUCUUACCACGAUUAGUUGGCAGUUGGCAAUAUCAGUCCCAAAAUUUCACAAGGAUUUCAAUCGUACACCUGGUUUGGUAUCUUCGAUCCACGCGGUUUCCGCCGUCUUCAACGCACACUAAUCUUCAUCAAAGGGUGAUUACAAGAGUUGGUAAUUGGCGAUGUCGAGGCCUCUUCUAUUAGUUUCCUUGUUGUUGUUGAUGAUCUUCACUUCUCAAUUUGAAUGGAAUCAGCAUAUUGUAAAUGAGGUUGAAGCAAGGCCAUUGGCUCUUUCACAAAAGCAGCAAUAUGUAUUAGAGAGGGAAGAAUCCAUCAAAGAAAAGAUAAUCCUAUCUCAAGAGAAACAAAUUCAAAAGCUUAAAGCACUGGUGCAAUCUCUUCAAGAACAGUUGCUUGUAUGCAGGGGUAAAGAUGACAUUGUGAACGACACUACAGGAUCUUUAACUGAACUACUAAACGAACUAAAUCAUCACCAAAUCAUGGAGUAAUUAACAUCACUUUCUUUCUGUAUCCAUCAAGCUUGGUUUUUUUGUAAUUUGGUAAACAUGUAAAGUACAUUACCAUCUCCUGAUUACCUUAUCCAGAAUGUACCUACCUCUAUGCAGGUUAGUCAUCAAAACCUUAAAAAGACCAAUCUACCCCUUCAUAAAUUGUAAUCUUAAGUAACACUUCAUAUCUAUUAAUAGUUGCCAGUCUGUGUGUAAUCUAAAUUCUAAACACUGGAUUUAUAUUAAUAGUUGGCACUUGUCACUCUAUUUAAUAUAUAUAUUUAAAAAAAAAAGUUGCAAAAUUUGCGCGA